GGAGCACGCAUAUAUACAUCAUCAAGGCGUCAUAUUUCUUCAAAACGACUGUUUAUUUAUUUAUUUCUGUUAUUAUUAUUAUUUUUUUUAAAGAUUGUAUGUUCGCCUUUUGAGGAGCGUGUGGAGGUUUUUUUUUAAUCCGACAACAACAAAAACCCCAACAAGAAAUAAAAGUAGCGGUUGAGGACCAAAGCAGAAAGUCUUUAAGUUUGUGCAGUAAAAGAGACAAACUGUGGAUGUUUUUUUUUACUCCGUCGUAAGAAGACAUUUUUUCCCCGUAGAGUAGGACUUUCUCGUGGGGAACCAGAGACUGUUAGUUGUGUGUGUGUGUAUUCAACAAGCGGGCUACAGACACCAUGGUGCGGGACUCCGGUUUGUUCUCAGCGCCGGGACUCCUCGGCUCUAUCCUCCUCCUCCUCCUCCUCACAGCCCGAGGCGCACUGACUCAGAAGGUGAAGGUGGAGCCGGAAGUGGUGUCCUAUCCGGGUCAGACGGUGAUCCUGCGCUGUCAGUUUCCUGACAAAGGCCAGACCCAGCUCACUCAGGUGUCUUGGAUUUUAGAAAAUAGCUCUGGCCCGCGGACCAACAUUGCAGUGUUUCAUCCAACUUACGGGGUCAAUUACCCAGCAUCCCCAGUGCAAGGGCGUGUGAGUUUCACAAUGGAAUCCCCGUCUCUGGAAAAUCCAACUAUUCAGAUCACCGACAUUGCUCUGACAGAUGAGGGGAAGUACGUCUGCGAAUACGCUGCGUACCCCACCGGAAACGAAAAGGGGGUAACCUCCCUCAUCAUACUAGCCAAGCCCCAGAACUCGGCCUCACCCAUCACCGUUCCCGCCGGCACUUCUCCCGUCUCCGUAGCGCAGUGCGUGUCGGCCAACGGACGACCACCGGCGACCCUCACCUGGGUGACUAAUCUGAACGGCAACGGGACAGGACCGGUCCAGACGAGCAACUCGGACAACACGGUGACGGUGCGCAGCGAGUACCUUUUCACGCCCACGGCGGCCGAUAACGGCAGGGAGAUCACCUGCGUGGUGUCACAUCGCACGCUGGCCAAAGCCGAGAGCUUCCCCAUGAAACUGGUGGUCCAAUAUCCUCCUCAGGUGCAGAUUGUCGGAUAUGACAAUAACUGGUAUGUAGGCCGUACAAAUGUGGUGUUGACCUGCCAGUAUCAGGGGAACCCCACUCCACCCACUGUGAACUGGAAGAUGAGCUCAGGCUUUAUGCCAGACUCGGUGGAGGUGGCCCAGAACAGGCUGACCGUUCGGAAGGUGGACGACUCUGUAAACACCACGUUUAUCUGCGAGGUGACAAACAGCCUCGGCACCCGCAAGGACCAGGUCACUGUGUUCGUCAGGGAAGCACCCAUGCCUCCCUCCAAUGCGGGUGUGGUAGCGGGCGCAGUCAUCGGCAGCUUCCUGGCCCUCCUAUUGGUCGGUGCCCUCGUUGGCUUCUUGAUAACCCGCAGCCGCCGGCAACAGCAGGGUUACCGAGGCAACAGCAAGGGGAACUCCGCCCCCUAUGACUCAGUGGCGCGCCUCUUCGGCUCCUCGGGCAGCAAGAACGGCACAGGCAAUCACGGCAACAAUAACGCACCCAUCUACAAGGGCGACGUGGGGCUCUCGGAGAAAGCAGGAAAUAUCGGGCUGCACCAGGGGGGCGUGGCCUUGGUGGAAAGCACACCCACGGCGCAGGACAUCCUGCUGAGCGGCGAGCUGGACGAGGCCGAGCGCAGGAAGUUCGACGAGCUGGAGGACGAUGAGCGUUACGACCAGUUCAGCGGCAGCGGGCCGAUCCUGCAGCUCCGCGCACACCCCGAGGACCCCAGCACCGCCUACCUGGACGACGACAUGGAGUCGCAGAGAGAUGGCUCGAUUAUCUCCCGGACCGCUGUCUACGUCUGAGAGCGGAUGAAAGGGGAGAUGGGGAGAGAGAGAGAGAACAGAGAGGACUAGAGUGGACCUGCUCCCAAAGGAUUUUUUUUUUUUCUUUCAGUUUUAACAUUAUUCAUUUUAUUUCUCAAAUAUUAUUAAAAAAACAACACACCAGAGAGAGACUGAAAUGGUGGUUGGAUGGAUGGAUUAAUAAAACGAAUACGGGGCAGAUGCAUGACGGGGGGACUGGACAGAGAGCAGAAACGUAAAUCGGAGGUUUAGACAGUACUUCCUAUUUACAGCAAUGGUUGUCAUGGAGACAAUGUCUGAGAAACCCGAGACUUUAAAUGUGCACACAUCAUUAUCCAAAACAUAUAUAUAUAUAUAUAUACACACACACACACUUACACGGUCACUCUAUCUUCCUCUCUCACACACUCUCUCUCUCUCUCUCUCUCUCUCUCACACACACACACACACACACACACACACACACACACACACACACACACACACACACACUCACUCACUCACUCACACACACACACCCACCAAGUUAUGUUUGAAUCCACACUGUACAUUAGUGGAUAUGUAUUCAAGGUUUGGUCAGAACGAUUCAUUUUAUUCUUCUUCCUCUUAUUAUUAUUAUUAUUAUUCUUUUUCCUUUUAAUUCUGCCAUGGGACUUUGGGGCAAGUCUGAUGAUUCAUUUGUCUAUGACCUUGCUUCUCUCUCUCUCUUCCUUUAUCUUUAGCGUUGUCUCUUUAUCUCACUAUCUCCUGUCAGCUAGAUGAUUGGAGGCGGGACUCUGGUCAGACUCUCCUGGUGAAGUGUUAUGUUAUCAGCAGCGCUUCUCACAUGAUUGGACACGCAUCAAAGUCUUCAUUUUGCCCACUGUACUUGGGUGCGUUAGAUGAAGGAAAGCAGCAAUCAAGGCCUUUACUCAACAAACGGGUUUUGUUUUUUUUUUGUUGUUUUUUUGAUGCACGGUUUGAAUGCGCCGGAUAAUAUCAGACAAGCCUGCUAAGUCUUCUGUGCCCUUAUUACAUUGACGAAAGCGUCAUAAUAUUAUCACGGUUUGGGAUAUCGUCAUAUUGCAGCAGAGAGACAGUUGCACGGUCUCUUUGCUUUGCUUUUAACCGUCAUCGUCUACUAAAAAGGAUUCAGAUUAAGUUUUUUUUUUUUCUUUCCCCCCUCAGAAUACUGCUUUUAAAGCAGUCCCCCAUAUGAGGAAAUCUAAAUAAGUCAAAAGGAUGUAAAGGAGCAUGUAAGACGGCCAAAAAAGAUGCCUCUUCCUGAACUGAGCACCGAGGUACUGAUAUUUUGAAAACAGCGCUGUGCGUGCGUGUGUUAAAUAUAGAGAUUAAAUCAUUGGGCCGAUUAUCUGCACAUGCCUAAUUGAAACAAAUCACAUUACACAUCUUGCUAAUUGCAGUCUAUUAAUCACUUAAACAAGUUGUUUAUCUUUCAGCAUUGUGUAGCUGUACUGUCUGACAUCCAACCUCCACUAAAUAGUCUUAUCAUAGGCUGAUUCGCAGAUCAUAGGUUUAACUGGUCGUGUCUGCGAGACGCCAUUUCCUGUUCCUGAUCACUGCCUAAAUCUCUCUCUCUCUCUCUCUCUCUUAAUUAGUCCCAAGUGAUACACCUUUAGUGAUUCUCUCCGAUUCGUUCCAUUUAUAGUGCCGCGUGAAUCAAGUGCUCAUCAUUAAUCAUGACCAGCCAGUCGUUUGGGGUGUUCGGGGUUUUUUUUUUUUUUUUUUUUUUUUUUUUUUGCAAAUGGUUAAUCGACAACGGAAUAUGCGUUCAGUUACUCUGAACAGGUAGAACCGCUUCCUUACCAGCCUCGAAUAAACCCGAUGCACAUACAGCCUUGACCUUCCGUCUCCGUGCAUGGAGAACAUGUAAUUAAUGGAGAAAAUAAUCAUUACCGCUACGUUGAGCUCUAAUCUCUAAUUGUACAAAGCUAAUUAAUCAACUCCAUAUUUAUAAAUGCGCACAUCCUAAUUGGUUGCCAUGGCCGCACGGUUAAAUAUAUCUCUCCUCUCGCAGUCGGGGUUUUGCAUCCCUUUCUUCUAAUCUGUUCUUUUUCAUUUAUCACUUCUUUUUUUUUUUUUUUUUUUUUUUGUCACUUGGUCUGAAGGCGGGCGCUAUUCAUAGAGAGAGGGAGAGAGAGAGUGUGAUGAAAUUAAUCAUUGAGAGAGUGAUUGUUUUUGUGUGUGUGUGUGUGUGUGUGUGUGUGUGUAUAUAUAUAUAUAGAUAUUUUUUGGUGUAAGGUGUCUGCAACAUAUGUACACAGUUUAUUUUUUUUUAAAUGAAGAUGAUGUGAUUUAAAUGUCCAAAUAUCUAUUGUAAAUAGAAAAUAGACGGACCACCGCUUAAGUGUUUCGCCCACAGAUCCCACCUAAACUGCAUGGCACGAAAUGUCAUCGCAACACUAUUCACAAAUAAAUAAAUAAAUACACCCCCCCCCC